ACAUUAUUAAAUUCAGUGGAAGUGGAUGUAUCAAAAUGUUCCGCUGAAGAAUCAGCAGCCUACCACCUCCUUAAACCCUAAAAUCAAAAGUUGCGAAAAUAAACCCUACUUCUGCUGCUUUAGUUUUGCCCCCUUGAUUUCACGAUUCAUACAGAAGAGAUGGGAGGAAGUGAUAGUGAAGUAGAGAAAUCAGCACACAAGGAGAAGGAAAAGAAGAAGCUUCAGGCCUUAGCUCCAAUUGCUAAACCCCUUGCUGGCAAAAAACUCUCCAAACGCACCCUCAAACUCGUCCGCAAAGCUGCCGAACACAAAUGCUUGAAAAGAGGAGUCAAGGAGGUCGUGAAGAGCAUCAGACGCGGUAAUAAAGGUGUGUGUGUAAUUGCUGGAAACAUAACUCCAAUCGAUGUGAUAACUCAUGUUCCAAUACUAUGUGAAGAAGCAGAGAUACCAUAUGUUUAUGUUACAUCAAAAGAAGAUCUAGCAAAUGCAGGUGCUACAAAGAGGCCAACAUGCUGUGUUUUGGUGCUCCCAAAGCCAACAAAGGGAGAACUUGGAGAGGAAAUCCAACAAAAACUGAAAACUGAAUAUGAUGAAGUUGCUACAGAAAUUACUUCACUUGCUGCAUCUAUGUUUUGAGAAUACAAUUGUUUGUAUCUUUCUUUAUUUAUGCACUUGAAUUUAUCAGUAUUAGUAUCAGUUAUCUUGCUAUUUUAAAUAUUCAUGACCAAAACCAAGCACAAAAAUCUGUUUUUGUAGCCAAAAAGACUUCAACUUAUGCUAUUUUUUCUAAAACAGUUCAUUAUGCAAGUACAACGAGUCAUCAUAGAAUUAGAAGGGUGUUAUUAUAGGAAC